CUUUUGGUUGCUUUACGGCUUUAAUCUUUAUAAUUAUGUCGCUGAUUAUGAUAAAUAUCGAAAAUGUUAAUAAUCCAUCUAGUCGGUGAGGAGUUUGCAUCGUGGUCACAAUGGGUUCCACGAUGAUUGUGGUGCUACUUGCCCUAGUGGGGCUGAUCAAUGCCCAGCACACUCCAUCCAUGGAGUUGAGGUCGGAGCUGGACUUGCUCGAGAUCUAUAACAGCAAUGUGGACAGCGAGACCUCGUACAGACUGACCGACAGUAUUCAGCCUAGCUGGGUGUACGUCGACAUGGAUGUCUACUUGUCUGAGAGCAGGUUCGAUGGGAUUGUGACACACGAAGUCACGAUUUCAGGAGAUCCCCAUGAGGAAAUCGUGCUACACAGCAACGUCGUCGCUAUCACAGCAGUCAACAUCCUGGACAGCAACAACAACGCUGUAGCUUUGAACCUCGAGAGGCCCUUCGAGCUCGACAAUAUUUACGAGCUCUUGAUCAUUAACCCUGCUUCCCCUGUCGUCGCCGGCGAAUACACUAUCACCAUUAGAUACCGUGGAGUAAUCAAUGAAAACCAGUACGAAAGAGGGUUCUACAAGGGCUAUUACUUCCUCAAUGGUGUAAAGCGUGAAUAUGCUACGACGCAGUUCCAGCCCUUCUACGCCAGGAAAGCUUUCCCUUGCUUCGACGAGCCUCAGUUCAAAUCAAAAUUCGUACUCUCUAUCACGCGUGAUGCUGCUCUCAGCCCUUCCUAUUCUAAUAUGGCUAUCAAUCAAACCGAGACUGUUUCCGAAGGCCGUAUUAAAGAGACUUUCUUGCCUACGCCCACCAUCUCUGCCUACCUGAUUGCAUUCCACGUCAGUGACUUUGUCGAGACUACUGACGGUAGCCAGCCCGACAGGCCCUUCGGUAUCAUAUCUCGGCCAGGUGUUGAGGCUCAGCAUGAUUAUGCUCAUGACAUCGGAGUUAGGAUCACCAAUGAGAUGAACGAAUACUUCAAUUAUGAUUACUACAACAUGGGCGAAGGAGAACCAAUGAAGAACGAUCACAUUGCUAUACCUGAUUUCCCAGCUGGUGCUAUGGAGAACUGGGGAAUGGUUAACUACAGGGAAGCUUACCUUCUGUACGACCCGGCUAACACUAACAUCAUCAACAAGAUCUUCAUCUCCACUAUCAUGGCCCAUGAGCUGGCCCAUAAAUGGUUCGGUAACCUGGUCACUUGCUUCUGGUGGAGCAACUUGUGGCUCAACGAGUCUUACGCUAGCUUCUUUGAAUACUUCUCUGCUCACGCUGCUGACCCGUCUCUCGAGCUAGCCGACCAGUUCAUCGUCGACUAUGUCCACAGUGCUCUGAACUAUGACGCUUUCGCUAGCGCCACUCCCAUGAACUUAAGCACUGUCACUCAUAACGCCUCUAUCAGCGCCCACUUCUCGACCGCCAGCUACGCUAAGGGGGCCUCGGUCUUGAGAAUGAUGGAGCACUUUGUAGGACCUACCGUUUUCCGUGAUGCAUUGAGGACUUAUCUCGCCGACAACGCCUACGGCCUCGGCACUCCUGAGGACAUGUACGACGCGUUCAGGUCUGCGGUGGCCGCGGACCCAACCUACGCAGCAACAUACGGAACCCUGGAUGUGGGCGAGGUCUUCGACAGUUGGGUCCAGAACCCUGGCUCUCCCGUCUUGAAUGUAGACGUUAACAUGAACAGCGGAGAAAUCACUGUUACUCAGAGCCGUUUCCUCAUCGGAAACACUGUUUACAAUCACCAAUGGCUAGUCCCUUACACCUGGACCCACAGUGCUGACCCCGAUUUCACCACCACUAAACCAGCUAGUGUCUUGACCACGGCUUCUACCACUGAAAACAUGCCGGCUGGACAUAACUGGGUCGUGUUUAACAUCCAACAGUCUGGAUUAUACCGUGUCAACUACGAUGACCACAACUGGGAGAUGCUUGCUGCGGCACUUCGCAAUAAUAAAGAUCAAUUCCCCAGACAAAAUAGAGCUCAGUUCGUCAAUGACGUUCUCCAUUUCGUACGAGCUGGAGAAUCGUAUAUCACCAUCUCACGCGCCUUCGACGUUCUCUCUUUCUUGGAGAAUGAAGAUGAUUACCUCGUGUGGGCCGGAGCUCUUGGUCAGCUCGACAUAAUCAGGCGCCGUCUGGAGCACAUUCCUGCUGCCAAAGAGCAGUUCGAGGCAUACCUUCUUGAGCUGAUGGAGUAUGCCAUCGAGUCCCUGGGCUACGAAGAAGCGGCCACCGACUCCACCACUAGAAUCCUGAACCGCAUGCAGCUCCUGAACUACGCUUGCAACCUUGGCCAUGAGGGCUGCAUUGCUGACAGCUUGGAGAAGUGGAACGCUUUCAAGGCUAACCCCACAAGCAGUUUAGUCCCCGUGAACGCUCGCCGCUACGUCUACUGCGUCGGACUGAGGCACGGUGACGCUACCGACUACAACUUCCUCUUCGACCAAUACGAGACCUCUGAGAACGCCGCCGACAUGAUCGUCAUCCUCAGAGCUCUUGGCUGCACCAAGGAUGAGAACCGGCUUCAGCACUACUUGCAGCAGUCCUUGACCAACGACAAGAUCCGCUAUCACGACAGGACCAACGCCUUCGCCUACGCUCUUGCAGGAAACAGGGAGAAUUAUCAGACCGUCGUCACAUUUUUGCAGAAUAACUUGGCUGACAUCAGAGUGCUCUAUGGUGGUGUGGCCAGAUUGAAUGUAGCCAUAAAUGCACUUGUUACUUACUUGACUGACUUUGAGGAUAUUACUAGCUUCCAAGCCUGGGCGUACGAAAACCAAUUGGCACUUGAAGAUUCCUUCCAAACCGCCAAGAAUGUGGUUGCAACAGCCGUCACUAACAUCCAGUGGGGCAACAGCGUCGUCAGAGAUAUCUACUCUUUCCUUCGAGGAAGAAAUGCGGCUGGCGCCAUCACUGCCCCUACCUUUGUUGCCUUGCUAUUGGCAGCCAUAAUGGCUCACUUCAUCCAAAUGUCCUUUUCCUACAUCGCUUUGGUUUUGGCGCUAAUUGCGCUAGUCAAGGGUGAUCAUCCUGUCUCCUUGCAAAGGGAACUUGACUCUGUAGAUCUCACAUCAGACGUGAACAGAAAUGAUGAACAAGUAUAUCGGUUGCCUGAGAGCGUUAUUCCAUUGGACCUUUCCGAUAACCGGAUUCGUACAAACUUCUUAGAGACCCCUAAAAUGUCGUCGUAUCUCGUGACUUUCCUCGUCAGUGAGACUUUCACAGUCAUCGCUGAGGACACCUCCUUCACUCCCUCUAUCAGAAUCAUCGGCAGAUCCAACACCGUCAGCCUUGGUGAUCAUGCCUUGGAUCUGGCUGUCAAGAUGACUACAUUCUUUAAUGACUACUUUGAAAUCCCGUACGAGACUAUGCAUCUCAAUUUGCUGAACGAUCAUAUUUCGUCUCCUGAUUGGGCUUCUGCUGGUACUGAAAAUUGGGGAAUGGUAAGCUACAGAGAAUUGUACCUUACACUGAACUCCAGUGAAUCAAUCAUGAGUAACGAGCACUAUGCAGGCACCCUGGUCUCUCAUGAGCUGGCUCACAAGUGGUUUGGCAACCUGAUCACCUGUUUCUGGUGGAGCAACACUUGGAUCAACGAGGGCUUCGCCAGCUAUUUUGGCUAUAUUGCUACUAAUCAGAUGUUCCCAGAAUACGAAUACGAUGACCACUUCAAUUCGCGCUAUCUCCAAAACUCCCUCGCUUUCGAUUCCGGAUCCACUGUCGCCCUCAACCACGAGGUCAACACGCCCGCUCAAGUAACUGGCCACUUUGGAACCGUCAGUUACUCUAAAGGUGCUGCUUUUCUCCGAAUGAUCCAUGUCAUGAUCACUCCUGAGACGUUUAGGAAGGCUUGUCGUAUCUUCUUGACUAGCAAUUCUUUUGAAGCAACCGACCAGUACGACUUAUACAGAGCUUUUGAGGAAGCUAUUCAAGAGGAUGGUACGUUGAAUGAAUAUCAAGGAUUUAACUUCGAAGAGUUUUACCGUAUCUGGGUCAAUGAACCUGGUACUCCUAUUCUAUUGGUUGAGAUUAAUCAUGAAACUGGAGCUAUUUCUUUGAAACAAGAGCGAUUCUUCUUAAGUGCCACCGCGACGCCUACUGGUCAAAUUUAUCCAAUUCCUAUAACCUACUCCACCAAGAGUGAUCUAAGAUUUGAAAGUCUUAAGCCCAUUCAAAUUAUGUCAGGCGAGACUUUGGAACUGACUAAGACAGCUGGCGAAGAAUGGGUUAUUUUUAAUAACUUACAACAUGGACACUACAGAGUAGACUACGAUGAGAAAUCAUGGAGUUUGAUCGCCGAAGCAUUACUGAAUGAACCUGAAAACAUUCACUACUUGAACCGAGCCCAAGUGGUCGAUGACGUCUUUGCUCUGAUGAGGUCUACAAGAAUGUCCUACAGUUUCGGUUUCAACAUUCUGAGGUUCCUUCGCAACGAGCAUAACAUGCAUGUUUGGGAUGCCGCCAUCACCGGCUUUAACUGGCUCAGGAACAGGCUGAGGCAUUUGCCUGAGAGCCAGGCAGAAUUCGAUGGGUUUGUACUAGACACCAUGUCGCACCUCAUCGAGCACGUAGGCUUCAACGUCCUCAGCACCGACACACCCACGGACAUCAUGAACCGUCAAGCCACUCUGCACUUUGCUUGUUUGCUCGGACACGAACGAUGUGUGACUGAGUCCAGGGAACGCUUUGUUAGUUUGAAGGACCAUAAUGUUUGGGUGCAUGGAGGAAUCCGACGUAACGUGUACGUAGUUGGAGUGCGAGAAGGAGAUGAACAAGAUUUCAACUUCAUCCUCUCUCGCUUCCGCUCAUCAAAUCUCGCCCAUGACCAGCUAGAGAUGCUGAGGGCUAUGGGUGCUACUAAGAAUCCAGCAUUAUUAACAAGAUACUUGGAGCUGACGUUGACCGAUGAAGUGAGGUCUCACGACAAGGCGAACUCCUUCAGCUAUGCUCUUCUAGGCAACAAGGAGAACGCGCCCGUAAUUCUAGAAUUUGUGAAGAACAACAUCGAUGCUAUGAGGAUCGCCAUCAUGUCGGCCCUCAAACUGGUUAUCCUGCCAGCCCUCCUGGCGUUAGCCAUCGCGGAGCUGCCUAUUGACUUGCUCGAGGUCCAAGAAACACUUUAUAGGAAUGAUGAUGUGGAUCCAACUAUUUACCGUAUUCCAGAGGAUUUUGACCCUGUGCAUUACGACGUGGAAAUUAUCCCUUACUUUGAAGAUGAAGGCGAUAAAGAAGCGUUUAGUUUUGAUGGUGAAGUGAGCCUUGAGCUUAAGCCAAUCCGAGACGGACUGAGUUCCAUCACUCUGCAAGAAAAUGUACGGUCGAUAGUUUCAGUAGACCUCUUCGACAGUACCGGAUCCCCUGUAGAGCUGGACCAAGCCCUCCCUUUCGAGAGAAUCAGGGAAUACCACUUCCUGAAGAUUAACCUCAGGAAUAAUGCGACCUUGGUCAAUGGAGAUACCUAUGUUGUCAAAAUCGUUUACGUUGGUAAUAUUAACGAAACUCCUCUGUCUCGAGGCGUGUUUAGAGGCAGUUACACAGGCAGCGAUGGAAGACUUCACUGGUAUGCGGCUACUCACUUGCAGCCAGUGAAUUCAAGACAGGUGUUCCCAUCCUUCGACGAGCCUGGAUUCAAGUCCACUUUCCGGAUGAUGAUUACCAGGCCUACGCACUUUGGAGAAACCUACUCUAACAUGAGGAUUGCUUCCACUGUGGCUCUCGGAAACCGUAUCAGAGAAGUAUUUCACGUAACUCCAAGAAUGCCAGCUUACCUAGUCUCCUUCCACGUAAGCGAAGAAUUCACCGUCCUGGCUGACAACAACGAUAGAGAAAGACCGUACCGAAUCCUAGGCAGACCUAACGCUGUCGGCCAAGGAGAGUAUGCUUUAGAAGUCGGACCACCGUUAACGCAAUGGCUGGAAGAUUAUUUAGGUAUCGAGUACUAUGGAAUGGGAGAAGACAUGAAGAAUGACCAGAUUGCUGUGCCUGACUGGGCUUCCGGUGCUACUGAAAAUUGGGGAUUCGUGAGUUACAGGGAAUUGCGUCUUUUGUAUGAAGAAGGCGAGACCAACGCUUUGGACAAGAUGUAUAUUGGAACGAUCACAUCGCACGAGCUGGCUCACAAAUGGUUCGGCAACCUGGUCACUUGCAGGUGGUGGGACAAUGUGUGGAUCAACGAAGGUUUCGCCAGUUACUUCGAAUAUUUUGCUAUGGAUGGCGUUGAUCCGUCCAUGGAGCUCGCAGACCAAUUCCAAAUCAUGUACGUGCAGUCAGCCCUGUCUGCUGACGCUUCUGCUGCCACUCGCGCCCUGCAGCACACCGUUAACAGCCCUGCUGAUGUCACCGGCCACUUCUCUGGCAUCAGCUACUCUAAGGGUGCCACGUUCCUGUUGAUGCUGAAGUAUUUGUUCACUGAAGAGACUUUCAAGAAGGCAUUGAACUAUUUCUUGGUAGAUUGGUCCUACGAACACGCCUUCCCUGAACAUCUCUAUGAAGCCUUCACCCGCGCUGUGCAAGAAGAUAGCACCAGCGUGAGCAACGUCAACGUUGAGGAUUUCAUGAAGUAUUGGGUCGACGAGCCGGGAUACCCCGUGCUUGACGUUGAAGUCAAUACUGAUACCGGCGUCAUCAGUUUAAGCCAGGAACGCUUCUUCGUCAGCGCCACAGCCACCCAAACCGAGCAAGUCUGGCCUCUGCCUUUGACCUGGACUACCGGCAGCAACCCUGACUUCGAGAACUUACGACCCUCGCGGGUUAUGACGGGCAGAACCGACACCGUACAGAAGACAGCCGGUGUUGAAGAAUGGGUCAUAUUCAAUGUUCAGCAGAAAGCUGGUAUCUACAGAGUGAACUAUGACACGAACAAUUGGCAGUUGCUGGCAGCCGCGCUGAAGGCCGAUAUCAACUCCAUCCACUACCUGAAUAGAGCUCAAAUCGUUGACGACGUGUUCAGUCUGAUGCGCUCCGAGCGCAUGACCUACGCCCUCGGCUUGCAAGUGCUGGACUUCUUGAAGGAAGAGACCAACUACUUCGUGUGGUACCCGGCCAUCACUGGCUUCAGUUGGCUGAGGAACAGACUGUUGCAUCUGCCUGCCAUGAGGGAGACCUAUGACCAAUUGAUGUAUAUCUUCUUGGACUCCGUGAUCACCGACCUGGGCUACGACGUGCUCCCCAGCGACUCCCUCACCAGGACCCUGAACCGGUUCUUCGUGCUGUCCUUCGCCUGCUCCAUCGGGCACGAGGGCUGCGUCAGCAACGCUCUGGACAAGUGGAACGCGUUCAGAAAUAACGGUGUCAGCGUGAACCCGAACAUCCGGCGUCACGUGUUCUGCGAGGGUCUCCGCGCCGGAGACUACCAGGACUGGAGCUUCCUGUACCAGCGGCGUCUCAGCUCUAACAAUCAGGGCGACAGUGUUGCCAUGCUGCGGGCUCUUGGAUGCACUAAGGAUGAGACGGCUGUCAAAGAAAUGCUGGAGAGGAUCCUCACCGACGACGUCAAGGCCCAGGAUCGGGUGAACGCCUUCACAUUCCUGUACAUGGGCAACCGAGAGAACGCCAACAUCGCCCUUGAGUUCCUCAAGGAAAGGAUCGAUGACGUCAGAACAGCAACCAUACUCCCGGCAUGGUUCAACACCGUACUUGCCAAUCUCGCUGCCUACUUGAAUGAAGAAGGCCUCAACGAUAUGGAAGAAUGGCUACACGCCCAUGAGGCAUCCAUCCCGGAGUACAGCGUAGGCAUCAGCUCCAUCGCCUCGGCCCGCGCCAGCAUGCAAUGGGGCAGCGACCGCGCCGACAACAUCAUAAGUGCCGUCAGGGGCUCCGCGGCCAUUGCUGUCCCUAGCUUCUUGUUGUUGGUCGCUACUCUACUAGCUCUAUUGAGGAACUGAAGUUAUCAAGCCUGUAGAUGCUAAGAUAAAU